GGACUCCCGAAGUUUCUAAAACAUAUCACAAACGGGCAUAUAUACCUCCCUUCCACGCCUCGUCAUCUUCAUCACCGCCUCACUAAUCCCGUAAACUAUUUCUAAUCUCUCUCUCUCAAAUCACCGGUAUAUUUAACUCAGUCGAAGAACAUGUGGCCGCCACCUCAGUACCGGAAAAAUGACGUGGAAUCAGGAACUAACCGCCAACUCUAUCCCUCAAUGCUGGAAUCUCCUCAGCUCCGCUGGUCAUUCAUUCGUAAAGUCUACUCCAUCGUCGCUCUUCAGUUGCUUCUCACCGUCGCCGUCGGCGCCGUCGUCGUCUCCGUUCAUCAAAUCUCUCAUUUCAUCGUUUCUACUCGCGGCGGCCUUGCUGUUUACAUCCUUCUCGUCAUCGCUCCUCUUAUUCUGAUGUGUCCGUUGUACUACUAUCAGCAGAAGCAUCCACUGAAUCUUGUACUACUCGGAUUGUUUACGAUUUCACUUGCGUUUCUGAUCGGUUUGUCUUGUGCUUUUUCCAACGGGAAGGUUGUUUUGGAAGCAGUUAUAUUGACAGCAGUGGUAGUUGUGAGUCUUACUCUGUACACAUUCUUGGCAGCAAAAAGGGGCUAUGAUUUCAAUUUCUUAGGCCCCUUCUUAUUUGGUGCAGUUCUUGUGCUUUUAGUGUUUGCUCUGAUUCAGAUACUGUUUCCUAUGGGGAGGGUAUCACACAUGAUAUAUGGUUGUCUGGCAGCUGUUAUCUUUUGUGGGUACAUCGUCUACGAUACCGAUAAUCUGAUCAAGAGGUACACAUACGAUGAUUACAUCUGGGCUGCUGUUUCUCUUUAUUUAGAUAUCAUCAAUCUCUUCCUUGCGCUGCUUACUGUUUUUCGAGCUGCUGAUGCAUAGAGAGCAGUUGUCAGCUUUUCUUGAUAACCUUGCCCUCAUAAUAACUCUGACUAGUGUUUGUUCCUCUAUGUAAAUAUUGUAAGUGGUCGACUGUUGAAAGCUGUUGGUGCGUUUAGCAGAAUGGAAAAAAAUUGUGCUAUGCAUAGAUGACAAUUGCUAGCUUUUUUUGAUAACCUUGUAUUGAUGAUAACUCUAAUUACUGCUUGUUCCUUUAUGCAAGUAUUGAAAGUGUUUUAUUGUC